AUGCGGACAACGAAAGGCAAAGAGCUCCCCAUUCCCAGCGACGCCUUCUCCAGGGGGCGUCAGCAGUUCCUCACGACGCACUUCCUGCGCGCCCUCGCGGACAAGAACGCGCGAGAUGACGAGAUCCACCUCGGGCAUUGUCUCUUGAAAGGGCGGCUGUCUUCUCAACCGCGCGGCUGGACGCUAUCCGCGCGGCUGCGCGCUCGCGCGCGCAUCGAGGCGGUGCACGAGCUGGGGCACGUGUUCGGUGUGGCGCACUGCGCGCGGCGCGACUGCGUCAUGUGGUUCUCCAACACGCUGUCCGAAACGGACCGAAAGGGCGCGAGCUUUUGUCCGGAGCACGCGCGGCAACUGGAAGAGGCGAAGGGGCGAAUGGGCGUUCCGUAA